AUGAUAUCUGAUUCAAACUUUAGUAUAUAUCAUAUUCACCACCUUGAAAAAGUCUUGGAUGAAAAAGAGUUAAAGUCAUGGGAUUCUGAUAUCAAUCAUAUUUUACCAGAUACUGAUGAUGCAUUUGAAGUUAACAUUAUAGAUUCUAUUCAAUUAUAUCAAAAAGAAGCAAUUGAAACUCAACUAUCUACCAUUGAAAAGCUUGUAAACCUGGAUGGUAUGUUGUCAACAUUAUUUCCAUUUAUUUCUCAUAAUAUGUAUACAGAAAAUGAAAAUGAUAUGAUAUUUUCGAAUAAUACAAUCAAUUUAAAUAAUGUAAUUUCUUUCUUAGAUCAAAAUUCUAAUAUUACUGACAAUAAUAAUAAUCAUCAUCAUAAUCAUAGUAACAGUAAUUUAAAUAUUAGUAGUAGUGGCAAUUUAAACAAUAGUACUACUUCUCCUAUACUUAGAUCAACAAAUUUAUAA